AUGGCGGCCUUCCUGGCGCUGCACGCGCGCGGCGCACUGGUGUGCCUGGUAUCGCGCAACGAGGAGGCGGACGUGCGGGCCGUGCUGGAGGGGCGGCGGGAGGAGCUGGCCCUUCGCGAGGAGCACGUCGUGGCGGUGAGCGCGAAUUGGCGCGACAAGUCGGCCAACCUGCGCGACCUCGCGGCCCGGCUGUGCCUUUCCCUCGGCUCCUUCGCCUUCGUGGAUGACUCCCCCGCCGAGUGCGCGGAGGUGGCGGCCGCGGCCUCGGCAGACGGCGCCGCGGUGGUCCAGGUCCCGCGCGAGCCGGCCGCCAUUCCCGGCUUCCUGCGCCACGCCUGGGCGCUGGACCUCGGACCCGCCGCCGGAGCGGGGUGCGGCGGGCACCGCCGAGGACGGCGCGAGGACGAGGCUGUACAGGGAGCUGUCCGAGAGGAGGCGCUUUGUCGCGGGAGCGGCGCGCGACUCGUCCGCCGCCGCGUCCUCGUCUGCGUUCCUGGCGUCCCUGAACCUGACCGUGGACGACAUCGAGCUGCUGGAGGCCGGGACCGCGGAGAGGGCCGCUCACUGACGGAGCGCACCAACCAGCACAACGCCUGCCGCACCACGGCCUCGGCCGCGUCGUUGCUGCGCCUGGCCAGCAGUGGUUGCAGCGUGCUCACCGUACGUGCGGCCGACCGCUUCGGGAGCCACGGCCUGAUCGGGCUCGUCGUCCUGUCCCCCGUACCCGGGUCUUACGUCUCCCCGAACUUGGGCAUCGAGUUCACGAUGCUGCGGCACGUCGCCGAGGCCGCGCGCGCCGCGGGCGCCUCCAAGCUCGCAGUGCACUGGGUGCGCGCUGAGCGCAACGAGCCCGCCGCGGCAUUCCUCUUCUCGGCGCCGGGUGCACGCUUUGUCCCGGCGGAUCCGGGCCGCCUGGGCUUGAGGCUCGGCGACCGCCACGCUGGUUCCAGCAGCGAGCCGGCGCGGGCGCCGCCUCACGAGCUGGGAGCUGGCGCUCCGCGGCGCAGCGACGCGGAGCAGGCGGCUGCACGGGAGGCCGCCAGGGCUGCCGCCGCGGCCGCAGCCUCUGCAGCUGCUGGGCAGGAGGGCGCGGCUGCCGCUGCCGCUGCCGCCGCUGCGGCCCUGGAGGCCUCGGUGAACGCGCUGUGCGACGCGGGGGCCGAGGUGGACAUCGAGUCGCUGCCCCCGCAGACGAGCCUCGCUGCCCUGCCGGCGCCAGAGCGCAGGCGCCUGGCCAGCUGGGCCUGCGGGCGCGUCUCGCGUGCCCGGCGGGGCGCGCUGUGCGCGGCAGCGGCGCGGGCCGCGGGAGUCGCGGUGCUGCGCGGGUGGGUGGGCCGCGAUGUGUGCCGCCACCACGCCACUGGCCGCGGCUGCAGCGUGGCCCGCUGCCCUUUCGUGCACCCGGCAGGCGCGCCACAGGACGCACCGUCUCCGUCCGCGCUGGCGCCGACGCGGGAGGACGUGGACAGGGACGCGGAGCUCCAGGCGGAGCGAACCUUCGGCGACGUGGCGCGGUACGAGCGCUCCGUGCGAGACCGCCCGGCCUCGGGCUUUGUCGUCAUCGACGUCGACGUGGCCUCGGUGCUGCAGGUCCGGUUUGGCGACUGCGCGGGCGCCGCGGAGGACGGCAGUUUCUGCCUACAUCCAGAUACCUACUUCGAGCUCGCGACCGCGCUCUCGCUUCACCCUGGGCAGCUGCAUGCAUGGGUGGCGACUGAGUGCCAGCGCAGCUUGGUGCCACGCCCUUAUGCCGAGGCGUGGGAGCUGGCGAUUAUGCGUGAGGCCGAAUGGAGUCGCCUCGCGGAGGCCCCUGACGUGGAGGGUGGCGAUGUGGCGGACGUGCCCGCCGCAGAUCUGGCCAGAGUCCGGCGGCACAUACGCCACGCGCAGCACUUGAUAAUGCAGCAGAGCAACCCCGACUCGUACUACGCCGGCAUAGAUCACAUCUAUUCUUAA